GCACUGCCCGAGGGCCCGGGGUCAGUAGGGGGGCCCCAUGAGAUGCCCCUGGUACCUUUUUCAUAGGCUUUUUUGCGUUUGGGCAAGGACACAGGAGCCCCAUGAUUCCCUAUUGCCCGGGGGCCCCAUGAGUUGUCAGUCCGCCCCUGGUAAAGGGAUCUAAAAUACGUAGUAGACUUUCACAUGGGCUGGUUCUAGCCAACUCAGUAGAUUGUUUCAGAAGUCCAGAUGUGUUUCUAAAUGCACAGCUACUAAUUUCAAAGAGGUUACUUUAUACACUCACCGGCCA